AUGUCGCAAUUUCUAAUCGAACAAAUAAGAUACAUGCAUGAGGAAAUUGAGAUGAUGGAAAAAUCCAUCGCGGAACUUAUUGAAGAGAAGGUGAAAUAUAAAAAAAAGAACAUUUUGUAUGACUAUUCUAUUAACUAUCUGGUAGAAAAAAUUCAGACAAAAUCCAAGUUGCUGUUACAAUAUUAUAAUGAUGAAGACAAUUUGAAAAAGGAAGAAAUGCAGUUCAUUUCAGGAAAAGCAAAAGAUCAGAAGGGUGAUGUGUGGAAAAAUUAUUAUGAACGUGUUAAAUAUAUAAGAGAUUAUCACAAAAAAACAAAUAUAAAAAAAAUAGAAAUAAGAAAUUAUAAGUCUUAUAAAAAUGAAGCUUUAAAAAAUAAUAAGUUAAAGGAAUGUUUCUCCCCUUUGGAAAAAAAAGGUAAAUAUGUGGAUAUGCACAAACUUUAUGACGAUUUUAUAAAUAUAAAAAAAAUUAAACAAUUCAGAAUAAAUGCCUUUAAGAAGAAACAAAUAGUCAGUGAAAAAAAGAAAAAGAAAAAUGCUGAAGAAGUUGAAUUCAAGGAAAUAGAUUUGGUGACAUAUCUUCAUAACUUCACUCGGUUUUAUUACAUCCCAAGAUAUUGUAAAUACAAAAAUAUAGAAUAUAAAAAUUAUUUAGAAAAUGUCCUAUCCUAUUUAAUGAAUUUUUUUUCCAAAAUUAAUGUUCUUGUUGAUUGUCAAAGAACAUACACACAAUAUGAAAAAAGUUUUGAGGUCAAGUUUAGAGAUAAAGAAAUCAACAAUUGGGAAAAGUAUACCUACGAUUUGGACCUUUAUUGUAACAUUAAUGAUAAGUUAUAUGCAUCAGAGGGAACUUACAAUUCUUAUAGAAAAAGUAAAAACUACAAUGAGGAUUUGAAAAAGUAUAUGCAGAAAGAAUACACAGUGGAACAGUUACAAGACAUAAAAAAAAACAUUGAAAAAGAGGAUAAAGAAAUGGCCAAAUGUGAAUACCUUAUCGAACUUUAUAAAAAUCUGUUAAAUAAGGUUUUUCAAAAAACAAUACAAAAUAUACAAAGAAAGCAGGCAUUUACUGUGGAUGAACUGCAGAAGAGGAAAAAAGGAGAAAACAAAAAUGAUCAUUUGUUGAGCUUACAGGAUCGUACAGGGUUGUAUGAUGAAAUUGGACCAAAUGCAAGAAUUGGAGAGGACACAAUCGGGACAAGCGAAAUUGGACUAGACGUAGUGAGAAGUAUAAACAAUUUUAAUCAUUUUUAUAACUCUCACAUGGCAUAUGCUUCAUCAGAUGAUGACUCAUCCACGGACAUGUCAUCCACAGGUAGAAUGGAUGAUGAUCAUCAGCAUGGAGGAAAUAAAAGAAAAGAAAAUCAAGAUGAAAACGAAGAUGAAGAUGAUGAAGAUGAAAAGACAAUUUAUAAUCCCCUAAAUUUACCAUUAGGUUAUGAUAAUAAGCCAAUACCUUAUUGGUUAUACAAAUUACAUGGUUUGUCAAAAGAAUACACUUGUGAAAUAUGUGGAAAUUAUUCUUAUUUUGGUAGAACUAUGUUUGAAAAGCAUUUUUAUGAGUGGAGGCAUUCUUUUGGGAUGAAGUGUUUAAACAUACCUAACACUCUGCACUUUAAGGAAAUUACAAAAAUUGAAGAUGCUCUCAAUUUGUAUGAGAAACUGAAGAAGCAAACGCAGAAGAAUAUCUUCAAACCUGAUCAGGAGGUCGAGUGUGAGGACUCCAAAGGGAAUGUCAUGAAUAUGAAGGCCUACGAUGAUUUGAAGAGGCAGGGCUUGCUCUAG